CCUCGCGUGGGCGGCGUCACAGUCGUAGGUGCGGCUUGGAGAUUGAGCAGCUAUUCGUGGACGUCGGGGGACAAUUGUCUCACAUAGCGACCCAGAACAUCCCACCGACAGCACCGAGGAGGACCCACCCGGGACAGAGACGUGUUUCUGACAGCUCCGUGUUUCUUCCAGCUGCGUGGGGACGACGCUUUUGACAGCAUCGCUGAAUUUCUCUUUACAUAACCAGCUUUCCCCGGUAACGUUAUCCACGGCGGGCAGGUCUGUGCCACGGUGUCCUCUGCUCGCGAGCAGCAUCAAACCUCAGGCCAGUGUAUCCGUGUGUUACCUAUAUAUCCGUGGGUAGUGUGUGUGGAGCCUGCUGCAGUGUGUUAUAUUAGUACAUGUAUCAUUAUACAAGCUUUUUUCAUCAUUCAGAAAAACAAGUUAUACAACACAAAACCAGGUUAGAGCGCGUCACAGCACCGGGUCCUAACGCCCGCCGGGUUACCUGUCACACCGCCGGGGAGCGCGCGCUGUCUCGUGCACCAAUGGUUCAGCAGCAGACGGCUUUUAAAUUCUUCGACAUUAUGGAAAAAGUCCUGUUAGAGCAAGGUUAACUCACAACUGGGACUGAACUGAAUACCACGCGCACUUUUGCACACUAAUUUCCCUCUGACCUGCUUCCCUUGUUUUUCCUUGGAUAUAUUAUUAUUUUUGAUAAAGCAGUGAGGUGUGAUAAGAGAGGCGCGAGCAGCCAAAGGACCUGUCAAACGUCAUCAAAAGGACUCAUCCAGUUGAGUAAUGGUCAUUAAUACGAUCCACUGGUUCAGGAAGGGCUUACGGCUCCACGACAACCCGUCGCUCAAGGAAUCUCUGCAGGGAGCGGAUACUGUCCGCUGCGUCUACAUCCUCGACCCCUGGUUCGCGGGCUCUUCCAACGUUGGGAUCAACAGGUGGAGGUUCUUACUGCAGAGUCUUGAGGAUUUGGACUCCAGCCUGCGCAAGCUCAACUCCCGACUGUUUGUGAUUCGAGGCCAACCCACUGAUGUCUUUCCCAGACUUUUCAAGGAAUGGAAGAUUUCUCGUUUGUCGUACGAGUAUGACUCUGAGCCCUUUGGGAAAGAACGUGAUGCAGCUAUUAAGAAACUGGCCUGUGAGGCUGGAGUGGAGGUGACAGUUCGCAUCUCCCACACACUCUAUGACCUUGACAAGAUCAUAGAGUUGAACGGGGGUCAGUCCCCGCUCACCUACAAGCGGUUCCAGACCCUCAUCAGUCGCAUGGAUGCAGUCGAGGUGCCUGCGGAGUCCAUCACGGCUGACAUCAUGGGGAAAUGUAGGACGCCGCUGUCCGAAGACCAUGAUGACAAGUUUGGGGUCCCCUCCUUGGAGGAGCUGGGUUUUGAUACUGAAGGUCUGUCAUCAGCUGUGUGGCCGGGGGGAGAGACCGAAGCGCUCACACGACUGGAGAGGCAUUUGGAGAGGAAGGCGUGGGUGGCCAACUUCGAGCGUCCCAGGAUGAACGCCAACUCGCUGCUCGCCAGCCCGACGGGCCUCAGCCCAUACCUGCGCUUCGGCUGCCUCUCCUGUCGCCUCUUCUACUUCAAACUCACCGACCUCUAUAGGAAGGUGAAGAAGAACAGCUCCCCUCCCCUCUCGCUCUACGGUCAGCUGCUGUGGCGCGAGUUCUUCUACACGGCAGCCACCAACAACCCCUGCUUCGACAAGAUGGAGAGCAACCCCAUCUGCGUUCAGAUCCCGUGGGACCGCAACCCCGAGGCGCUGGCCAAGUGGGCGGAGGGCCGCACCGGCUUCCCGUGGAUCGACGCCAUCAUGACGCAGCUGAGGCAGGAGGGCUGGAUACAUCACCUGGCUCGACACGCCGUGGCCUGUUUCCUGACCAGAGGGGACUUGUGGAUCGGCUGGGAGGAGGGCAUGAAGGUGUUUGAGGAGCUGCUCCUGGAUGCAGACUGGAGUGUGAACGCAGGCAGCUGGAUGUGGCUCUCCUGCAGCUCUUUCUUCCAGCAGUUCUUCCACUGCUACUGCCCCGUGGGGUUCGGCCGACGCACAGACCCCAACGGAGAUUACAUACGGCGCUACCUGCCAAUCCUGAGAGGGUUUCCAGCCAAAUAUAUUUAUGAUCCCUGGAACGCUCCAGAGAGUGUGCAGAAGGCAGCUAAAUGCAUUAUUGGAGUGCAUUACCCUAAACCCAUGGUGCACCACGCAGAGGCCAGUCGCCUUAACAUCGAGCGAAUGAAACAGAUCUACCAGCAGCUCUCCUGUUACAGAGGCCUCGGCCUUCUGGCAACAGUUCCGUCCACCUCUAACGGUAACGGAAAUGGUAAUGGUGAGACGUCCUCAGACGGGAUGGGAUUCCCUGUUGAGGCUUCACACAGCGCUGCAGCUCCAUCUGGCUAUCAGAUGCCAGUUCACUCCCAGGGAGACUGGCAGAGUGGUGUCAUGAUGUACCUGCAGAGUGAUCCACAAACCAGCACACAGCAGCAGCAGCAGCAGCAGCAGGGUUACGCCGGAACCAGUACCAGUAUGAUGUGUUACACCCAAGGCUCACAGCAGAUCCCUGCUAUUCAGAAAGGACCUGAACACCACUGCGUCGCUCAGACCAGUGGGAAAAGACACAGCGAGGACUCUGGGAAUGGCAAAGGCUCAAAAAUCCAGAGACAGAGUACCCACUAAAACAGGAGUGUCUGCAGACGGACCGUGUACACAGCCAACACAAAAUGGACGUUAAAGCUUACAUUUUUGUAACAGCACCACACUGUUUGCAUGGACACACCUUCAAGCGGAGCAUCAUUAAACACAUAAAGUAAUGGGACUGUAUAUGAUCAUGUGGACUGCACCACCCGGCCAGUGCUGACAUCACUGGAGUGGCUGUUACACUGUGCUCAUCUUUGGGUUAAUAUAACCAGGACAAAAAAAGUCUUUGUGUAUAUAAUGAAUUUGCUAAUUUCAGCUCACAUACAACUUGUACAUAUUUGAAUAUUGUAUGUGUGUUUUCUCUCUUUGUGUAGCCAUAGACCCAUUGAUAUAUUUUUGAUAUGAGAAAUCAUUGUGAAUGGAACUUUUUUUUUUUUUUUUUU